GAAAUAACAGCAUUAAAAAGGAAAGUAGAGGAAUUGCAGCAACAUGUUGCCAUGAGUGAUAGAUUAAAGAAGGGCAUGGAAAGGUAACAAAUUAAUCUAUUUUUUAAAAUAUAUUUGCCGUUGGAUUAAGGUCACGAUUCGUACUAUCAUUUUUAUUGAAGGUUGAUAUGAGCUUCAAAUUUACCUCUCAAACUCAUUAAUUACUCACGAGGGCAACAGCCAAUAAAUAAGACGUAUUUGGGUCACAUGCAUGAAACUUGAUACCCAAUGAAAACUCAGAUGAAAAUCUUACGGGUUUUGAUCUGAGAUCAAACAUGGUUUUGAUCUCAGAUCAAACACUUAAGCAUUUUAAUGAGCAUUUUUCAGGUACCGCGGGGUUCAGUAGGGCGAUGAAAAUUACCCGGCGUAGUCAAUCGAACGUUCGGUAAUCAAACUCAAUCAAACUCUAAUCGUUCGAUAGACUUCGAUUGGGCUCGGUAAUCGAACUCACCCCAAAAUUUUUGCCAGUCGAACACAAUCGAACGUUCCGUAAACAAACACUUAAUAUAAACAAUCGAACACUAUCGAACGUUCGAAAUCGAACACUGCAUGCAACAAUCGAAGAUAAAACCAGUUUCAUCUGGUUUCAAACAAAAGGCGUCGCGUUCACAUAAGUGAUGUAUUGACUUCAAUUUCAAACACGAGUAGGCAAAGAUGUCACAGAGGGCGGAAAAAGUGAACAAUUCUGGAAACAGUGGUUAAAGGCUACCACGAGUGCCAGCUUUCGCCGUCAGUGUCGGUGAAAAUUUAUUAUUUAGAAGAAAAGGAGAGAUCCGGCCCUGAAGGUAACUGACGAUGGCCUCAACCAACUUCGACAUUUGCCAACUGAUUUACAAAGUGAACUGGUGCCUUUGCUAGCAUGUUACCCAGUAUUAAUAGUGAAUUUAUCCAUUGUGAGUCACUUAAACAAUAACGUUUUUAGUUAAUUCGGGUUAACUGAAAUAGUUUUGUUGUCAAACUGCUUGAAAUACAUACUAGAGGGAGGUCUUUCCGAUUCACCCCAAAUGAAACUGGAUGCGUUUCGUCUUUCUGCCAAACAAAAUCGAGCUAAUCGCAUCGAUUGAGUCCGAUUGUUUUGAUUGAGUUCAGUAAUCGAGCUCACGAGUUCGAUUAAUCAAACUCACCGAAAAGUUCCAGUUCGAUUAUGUUCGAUUACCGAAACCAAUCGAACAACAAUCCGACCGAUUGGGUUCUAUUGAGUUUGAUUGAUUUAAAUUUGGCUCCCUUUCCUUCGAUUGACUACGCCGGGAAAUAAUUAGCAUUACUUUCGGAGAGUAAAUCAAAACUAAUCAAGUCAGCUGGAGAGCACGCUAAUGAGUUAGGCUUUUGUACAUUAUGCUUUUGUUUCCACACUAAAAUGCUCCACCUUAAUGCUCCAUUUUUCCCACUAAAAUGCUUGGUCAGCGCCCAAAAAGUCACUAAAAUGCUCUUUUAAUGCUUGUCAUACAGAGGAUUGUUUAAUAAUCGUAACUUUUUAACAGAGAGCUAUCGCUACUCAAAUGGUACACAUAGUAUAAUAACAAGUUUAUAACAUUUCAAACAGCAAAACUUAACUUUUCCCCAGUCUUCGCACUUUGAAUUUCAAGUUUUUUCUAGUUUGUCUUUCUUUUUUUUUUCUGAAAAAAGGAAAAAAAAUUCCGCGAACAAUCAACCCUUAUUUUUAUUUUCUCUCAAAAGAUCCCGGAAAAGUUCCACUAAAAUGCUCCAACAAUGCUUAAUGCUUUUGCUUCAAUAAAAUGCUCAAAAAAAUGCAAGCAAAAUGUACAAAUGCUUAUAAUGAGUCCGUGAUAAUGUAUCGCUUGAGGAACUGAUAUGACAUGAUCAUGAAGUAAACUAUUAUGUGAUCUGCAAAUGAAGGUUUGAAAGUGGAUACGACUUCUCUGCUGAUAAAUUAACUUAUCUAUCUGAUAUUUGCUAAGAAGAUUAAACCGUGCCAUAAUAGUGCCCUCACAACAAUUAAAUAAGGAUUUCGAUUAAACACUAUUUUCAACCGCAAAUCUGUGUCAGGCCGAUUCUUAACGUUCCCCUAAGUGAUUCAAUUUCUUUCUGGGUACAUUCAUUUAUUUUCAUUUUAUAAGGUACAGCGAUGGCAGUGCUCACGAACUGCAGAAAACAAGACAAGCAUUGCAUGCGAAAGAAAGAGAACUUGAAAGACUCAAAGAGAGGUAAAAGAGUAGUCAUUGCAUUUUGUAGAUCAACUCACGAAUGUUGUAUUUGUUUUUAGCCAUAUAAUCUCACCCGCUAACCGCAAAGGCAUGCAAAACAAAAUUUUCUAUACCUCAAUAUGCAACAAUAACUCAAUCUUUCUUCUUUUUUUUUGUAACUCGCUAACAUACAGAUGUUGCCGCUUGAACAAUGCACUCGAUCUUUAUAGCGUUUCUCGGGCCAGGCCAUUGAGACAUAAUUAUUUUGAAGCGGGAUUAGGAAAUAGUUAUAAGAUGAAUAAAGUUUUAUGCGUUUAUUGUUUAGAAAAUAUGGGGAAAGAAAACAGAAACAACGUUAACAAACAAAAACAAAGACAGACAGACAGACCAUAAAAACGAAAGCAAAAAUCGAACAAAACACGAAAGGAGAAGUACACAAUAAUAACAAAGAUUUAUAACAUGGAAAUUGCCUCUUGAGGGCGAAAAAGAAAUUGUAGUGCCCAGGAUUCUUCACAGGAUUGAUUGCUUUGCUUAUUUCAGACUUGCUGCAGUCUCGGAGAGAAGAGUGAGAUCCGAUCAAAGAAAAUCAGAAAAUACCCUGAGCACUAAUAGGCAGUCCCAGCUUGAAAGUGAAUAUGUUACUGAAUUCAAAGACGGUGUUCGCGUUGAUGCGGUGGAGCUUAUAACUAACAGAGCUACACGUCAUGGAACGAAGCCAUCUGCAAGAGAUUAUUUAACGUUCUGCAGACUUGCAUGCUUCAUUUUUGAGGUGAAAGUUUAUUGGUAUUAAUGAUUUACUGUUGCUUUCGUUUUGUUUUUUGGUUCGUUUGAUUUUUCCUUUUCACGGUGCCCUUAUCUAGCAGUAAGAAAGCCUAAUCAAGGGGAAAGCAACACUGCAAUUGAAAGUAUCCUCCAGGUCUUGUAAAUGAGUUAGGAAUUGAUAAACCCCCGAAGUACAGGUGGCAGAACAGUUAUGGAGGGGGUGGCUUGAUCUCCAGCCUCUUCUUUGGUUAUGUUAUAUUUUGAAAAUUUAAAGCAAGAUUAAACGCUUAAUAAUAUAUUCUCUAAAUGGAUACCGUAAAUCCUCUAUAAAUCCCCCCGGGGGCUUAUUUAUUUCAAACCCAUUUGAGGGAGGGCUUAAUAGAGACGGGGGGGGGGGGGGACCCUUAAUUUUAAAAAAGACGUGGGUUUUUUUGUAAAAAAAAAAAAAAGAAAAAAAAAAACGGAAAGAGGGAGGGUAAGGAAAAGGGUGAAAUCUCGGGGGGACGCGGUACAAUAAAAAAAAAAAAAUCGCAGUACGAGAACGAACAAAGAAUGAAAAAAAAUUUUUUAUUAAGUAGGGAAGAAAUGUGGGGGGGGGGGAGGGGGGGUUUUUUAUUCUUUUUAGGGGAGGGGGGGGGGGGGGGGGAGUGAGGCGUUUACUAAAGGAAGGGCCUUUAUUUGAGAGUGGGUAGCUUAAUAGAGGAUUUACGGUAAAUAACUUAGCAGUUUAUGCUUGGGGCCUAAAAUGUCAGCUCCAAUAAUAUAUUUUGCCGUUUUUGGACAGGAAGCAGAGAUGUUGUGUUUGACCUUGAUUCCAGAUUAUUUUGCCUUACGUCCGAGGAAAUAAAUGUGGCCGAUGGAAGCGUCGUACCUUUUUUGUGCGGAGCAAUUUUUGUCUGUUACUGAAGAACGAGUCACUAAUCUUGUCACGUCAUCCGAUAUGAGCAUAAAGACGUUUCAGGCUUCGAGAUAAACCUUUUCCUUAAGACGCGAGCUUUCGAUUUCAUCUCAGAAUCUUUGUCAAGUGAGAGACCCUUUUUUUUUCACGCACAGUUUAACCUUCAAACGUACACACAAAUUCAUACCCCCAAAGUGGUACAAAGGGGGAAGGGGGGGGAUGGAUAGAGCCCCUCCCCAGAGUUUUUGAUACGUUGCAGUAUCUCGAAACUAUUUUGCCUUCAGGGGAAAGCCUUUGAUCUUUUCAACAAGAUGAGGUAUAUUUUAUGAGUGGUGGCGCGACUAGACUGUUCACAGUCCCCUAUUUUUCCGGAGAUCGUCGAGAUAUGGCGCGUCUUACCAUUAAUCGCGGCCAUCUAGAUUUUCAAAUGUACCGAGGGGGAGGUCGUCGGGGAUUAUAGCUCUAGGGGGAGGGGGCGAGAAAAAUAGAGGGACUGUAAUAACAUCACUGCAGCUCGCGUUCACGGAGCAAUGCAGGCGUUUGAUUGGUCAUUAGUCAAUAGAAGUUAAUUUGCGUCGGAGACAAGUUUAGUUUAAGUUGCCGACACUGACAAGUCCUUGUUUCUAUAAAACGUACGCUUUCAUAGUACAGUGCCAAACACACGAAGCAUUUUUGGUAUAUUGUGGAUGAAUCACGUAAGCCAACAUGCUUUUGAAGCAGCCCAGCCGGGGGAAUGUUGUAACGCAGUUCGGCCAAACGAAUUGAAAUUUAACGCUACGCCUACGCAAAAAUGACGACCUGUCAGAAAUGCCUGGCUUUUUAUCGGGAGGUUUCACCUUUUUAAUCUGUGGUAAGCCAGCAUGCUUAGCACUUGGAUUAGGGAAAUGUUUCACCUGUGCAUGUUUGCCGAUUUUACCUGGAGGCAUGUCCCAGAAACUGUAUUAAAUCACUUUUUCGAAAGAAGAUAUUUGUAAACAUGCGAAAUCGAUACUAAAUGUGUCUGGCAUGUUUUUAAUCUGAAUGGUAAAAGGCGUGAAAUUCCUGUCACGCCUCCUGAACGUGAGCUGCAGUGAUGUUAUUACAGUCCCUCUAUUUUUCUCGCCUCCUCCCAAACCGCCCUCUGCCCCUCAUAAAAGAUGGCAGCCCGUAACGUAAAGCGCUCGAUCUCGAUGAUCUUACGGGAAAAUAGGGGACUGUGAACAGUCUGUGGCGCUGCUGAAGGCCUGUGAUGUCACCAACAAUAGUAGCCAUCUUGGUCACUAUUUUGGAUGUUACUUAGAGUUAGAAAUCAUGUUAUAACCACCAUAAAUGGUAUCUUUUUUGUGCUUGUCAUGAAAAAUAACACACAAUUAAGCACUUUGCAUCAUUUUAUCCUCAAGCGUUACUUUUAUUGUUGAAAGAAGUUGAAAAAACGUGCAUUUCACUAAAAAAUGGCUUCACCACCUGCCACUGACCAUCACUAAACUUGUCCCAAAAUGCGCCCGAGGGAUAAACGAACAGCUACUGAAAACGUCGGGUGGUCAUGUUUUAUCUUUUAGAAAAAAAAAAAACAAAACAAAAAAAAAAGCUCAGGGGGGUGGGGGGGGGAGGCAACGUUUUUUGUUUUUUUAUUAAUUUUAAAGCUCGUACAUUUUUUUACAAAAAUAUUUAAGACUGCUUUCAAGUGUGCCAUGAAAGCGAAAAGUGUUUUUGAGAAAGUUAAGAAUGAGGCUCGAGAUAACAUAUAGUUAAAAUCCCAUUUACCACCUGCCACUGACCAUCACUAAACUUGUCCCAAAAUGCGCCCGAGGGAUAAACGAACAGCUACUGAAAACGUCGGGUGGUCAUGUUUUAUCUUUUAGAAAAAAAAAAAAAACAAAACAAAAAAAAAAACUCAGGGGGAUGGGGGAGGGAGGCAACGUUUUUCGUUAUUGUAAUAACUUUAAAGCUCGUACGUUUUUUUAACAACAUAUUUCAGACUGCCUUCGAGUGUGCCAUGAAAGCGAAAACUACUUUUGAGAAAGUUACGACUGAUGCUCUGGAUAUCUUAUCAUCAAACGCCCCUGUAAUUGGACUCAACAAAAGCGAAUUCCAGAAUAAGGUAAUAUUCUGUAGAUUUUGGUCUCCGAGACCAAUGCUAUAAACAAAAGGGACGACAAAGUUGUAGAUUAAAAUAAUAAAUUCCAAAAAAAAAUACAAAACAUCAACAUAAAUUUAACAAAAACACUCAAGAAAUAUGAGAGUGAUGUUUCUUAAGUUGCUGACACAAGCGACGGCAAAAAAAAAAAAAAUUGGUAAAUGAAUAAAAUUAAGUUAAAUUAAAUAAAUGAAUAAAAAAUCAAAUUAAAUCAACAAAUACAAACAAAUACAACCCCUUCCGCAACCCCCCCGCUCCCCGCAUCAACAAACAACAAAUCUUAACGAAACGAAACUAAUAGCGAGGGAGACGAAUCCCAUUCUCGACCCCACUGCUUACGCUUCUGACUCCGUGCGUAAGCUAGCUUAUUCCUCCCUGGCCGUCAUACGCAGAAGAGCUCUGGGUUCGAGAUUGGACGAAUCCAAAAACUUUUGGCUAGUUCUAUGCAUCAUCGUCAUACCCAUGGAAAACAUUCUCCAGUGAUUGAAUAAUUUAACUUUACUUAAUAUGAUGGAAAAGUGACUGUUUAUUUUUCCCUGUAUCGUUUGCUUGUAUCGAUACCAAAACGCUUCAUGAGCGUAUUCAGUUUAUGUUUGUUUACAUUCUAAUUUUUAUCUCGUAGUUUCGCUACAUGGGUACACACACUAGAGAUGGGAAUAAAUCACAAGACGCGUUAUCUGAGGUCAUGAUUCUUGUCAAAGAAGAAGCAAAGACUCAUGACCUAAAUUCGCUUAUAAAUGUAAGUUAAAUCAAUGUUACUAUUUUACAUUCCUGGAAAGUUUGUUUUAACUUUGUAACAUGUGACUUCAACGAUCCGCUUUAAAAACAGAUUGCGGAGCCAGUGGUGGUUACUCUUUUCUUUACCACGACUGAGCUGUCUAGAAAGAAAAAAAAAAACAAACUAUUUUUGCUGUGGAAUGGAAAUGAAGCUUAUGGUUAACAGACUAGUUCAGGAAAAGUUGUUAUUCAUCACUUUAAAUUUUUAUUUGUACUCUAUCGAACACGCCGUUUAAAUGACACUACUUUAUUUAUUAACAAGGCGAAAAUAUCAGCCUUAACACUAUUAAUUCCUAAUUCUACGUUUGCAUAAAUAAACGAUAUUUCAUCAUUAUUUUAGCUGGUCAAAAGAGCGAUAGAGACGAAAUGGAUACGGGAUAACGACAUGUUUCCUUCUUAUAACUCCACUGUUAUGUACAGCUUGGAUGAGUACAUAAAGUAUUGCACAAGGUUUGCUUGGUGUAUGGUGUCCCAAGUUCCUCCUUUGGAAAUUGAAUACAAAAACAAAGUUUUUGACUCUAGAGCGCACGUUCUGAGUCAAGCAUUCAGUUUUGGAGGAGAAAAUUUUCCGGAUCAUCAUAGGAGGCAUCCGAAAGCCCAGCAGACUAUUAUGUGCUACCUGUGGCCCACCCUACAGGAUUGUCAAGGAAAGGUUAUAGUAAAAGGAGAGGUGAUCUUGAGUAAGAGGUAG